CGCGACGAGUUCGGUACCGUCCUCCGAGUUUGAUCUGGAUUGUAUUUCUACCCUCCGGGCUGAGCAGUAGAAACUUUGCCCUUGUUAUCAGAGACAGCGAGGAUAAGUGCUCGGGGAGAUGGUUGGCAGCCUCGAGUUGGCGAACUAGGUGAAUUCGCUCCUCUGGUAAACCUGCCGGCGGGAGUCACAGACCUCCCAGUGGAGUGCCGUGUGCGCACACAUGGCACCGACAUCCCGCUCCUCACACCUCUGACACACCGGCAAGCGAGGGGGACACCGGAUUAAUGAGGCCUGUCUACACAGUCGCUGAUAGCGAACUUUACACCGAGCCGAAUCCGAUCCGAGUGUGAGGAAGGUCACCUUUUCGCGCACAAACCCAAAUACAUCGGAGCUCCUUCUCCACGAAACCCGUUUCCCUGUGGGGAGGGGGGAAGAGAAGAAAGAAGGGUGCAGACAGAGCCAUGCUCGGUUUCAGUGUGGUUCGUAGCUUACGGCCGGCAAGACUCAGAUGCGCAUCCAGGAACAGCAGGGCACCAUCGUGCCCGCGGAUUUACUGUGCGUGUCUGCUGCUGCUGCUGGUGAUGACGCCGUGCGUGGACUCGUCGUGGUGGUAUAUUGGUGCGCUGGGUGCCCGAGUCAUCUGUGACAACAUCCCAGGGCUGGUGAACAAGCAACGCCAGUUGUGCCAGCGCCACCCAGACAUCAUGCAGUCUAUUGGCGAGGGUGCCAAGGAAUGGAUCAGAGAGUGUCAGCAUCAGUUCAGACACCACCGCUGGAAUUGUAGCACGCUGGACCGAGACCACACCGUAUUUGGGCGAGUGAUGCUACGUAGCAGUCGUGAAGCAGCCUUUGUCUAUGCCAUUUCCUCGGCAGGUGUUGUGUACGCUCUUACUCGGGCCUGCAGUCAAGGAGAGCUGAAGACGUGCAACUGUGACCCUCACAAGCGCGGGAGGGCUAGCGACGAGAGGGGGGACUUUGACUGGGGUGGCUGUAGUGAUAACAUUAAUUAUGGGAUAAAGUUCGCCAAAGACUUCAUAGACGCCAAGGAGAGGACUGUCCGUGAUGCACGAGCACUCAUGAACCUGCACAACAACCGCUGUGGCAGAACAGCUGUGAAACGCUUCAUGAAGCUGGAGUGCAAGUGUCAUGGCGUGAGUGGCUCGUGCACGCUGCGGACUUGUUGGAUGGCGAUGUCAGACUUCAGGAAGACAGGCGACUACCUGCGGAGGAAAUACAACGGUGCCAUUGAGGUGACCAUGAACCAGGAUGGGACAGGCUUCGCAGUUGCCAACAAAGCCUUCAGGAAGGCCACCAAAAAUGACUUGGUCUACUUUGAGAACUCUCCAGAUUAUUGUCUUCAGGACAAAGCAGCAGGCUCCCUGGGCACGGCUGGGCGCGUCUGCAACAAGACCUCCCGCGGCACAGAUGGCUGUGAGGUCAUGUGCUGUGGACGGGGCUACGACACCAGGCGGGUCAAGCGCAUCACCAAGUGCGAGUGCAAGUUCAAAUGGUGCUGCGCUGUAGAAUGUAAGGACUGUGAGGAAGCUGUGGACAUACACACGUGCAAGGCCCCGAAACGAGUCGAUUGGUUAGACCAAACCUGAUGGCACACCCCCUUCCUGUGCAGCCCCACCCCUUUCCCUUCACAGGACACUCUGUGGGACAUGGCAUUCUGGGAAAUUGUGUCCAAAACUGCCCUACGUCCCCCCCACCCCCCUUCUCUCCUCAUUGCAUGGCUUCUCUACUUGUCUCUGUGAAAGCACUAGAAUUGAAUUCCCAACAAUAUGAAUAGAAAAUCCAUCAGCCUCUCUUUAUGAACAGCCCUGUGACUGAACAACACAUGCCAGCAUGUCUCUCACCAUUUGGCGCUGGAAAUAGAUCAGAUG